AGCAGUAGCUGUGUAAGAUGUCGGCUGUGUGUUUCUCCUUGAGGCGCUCCGGUGGAACGGCGCUGCGCUGCUCGUAAAAGCAGAAUGAGGCAAUCGUCGUCAUCCGAAGAGUCCAUAUUGUUGGUUACUCGGUCAAAGUAGAACAGACGCAACACGUGAACAUCCAAGCAUGAAGUUCAAUGGCCCAGGGUCCGGUUCUUCACGUGAACGUGCAGCAUGCAGCGUGAACCUUCUAUGGCCCUGCUGCCUUAGGCUACGAUGCAUAUCUAACAUCUGCAUUGCUGAGAGCACCCGGUUUGUGCAGACAGCAGCAGCCGCUCAGCCACGCUUUAAGAAGUUCCAGAUUUACCGCUGGGAUCCAGAUAAAACCGGAGACAAACCGCACAUGCAGACCUACGAGAUCGACCUCAAUGUCUGUGGGCCGAUGGUGUUGGAUGCUCUGAUUAAGAUAAAGAAUGAGAUUGAUCCGACUCUCACCUUCAGACGCUCCUGCAGAGAAGGUAUCUGCGGUUCGUGUGCGAUGAACAUUAAUGGUGGAAACACACUGGCGUGCCUGAACAGGAUCGACACUAACACCAGUAAAGUGACUAAGAUUUACCCUCUGCCCCACAUGUACGUGGUUAAAGACCUGGUACCGGACAUGAAUAAUUUUUACGCUCAGUAUAAGUCCAUUGAGCCGUAUCUGAAGAGGAAGGAUGAGAGUCGGCAGGGGAAGGAGCAGUACCUGCAGAGUGUGGACGACCGACAGAAACUGGACGGUCUGUAUGAGUGUAUCCUGUGUGCGUGCUGCAGUACCAGCUGUCCUAGUUACUGGUGGAAUGGAGAUAAAUACCUGGGACCCGCCGUCCUCAUGCAGGCGUACCGAUGGAUGGUGGACUCCCGUGAUGAGUACACACAGGAGCGUCUGGAUAAACUGCAGGACCCAUUUUCUCUGUACCGCUGUCACACCAUCAUGAACUGCACCAAGACCUGCCCCAAGGGUCUGAAUCCUGGAAAGGCCAUUGCUGAGAUUAAGAAAAUGAUGGCGACAUAUCAGGAGAAGAAAGCAGCCACUGCGUGAUGGCGGUGGUCUGGGGAACUGAAUGUCCUCAGAGGAAUCUGAUUGGUCACUUCCUGGCCUUGACUUCCUCCUUCAGCUUCACACACACUCACAAUAUCAUCCAAGGUGCAUUCUUUCAUCUGUUACAAGAAUUAUGAAGAAACAGACUGUGUAUUUACAUGAUGUGUUUACAGGUGUGUGCGUGCGCGUGUAUGGUGAGGUGAGGUUGAGUGUGACCUAGUCAAACAUGAAUAUUAAAACCCUUGUAUCCAUGGGAUUUAUCAAAUACAUGUGUAAUAAACAGCGUUUCCCUCGA